AUGAGAAGAAGACGCGCUUUACGCAGGUGUUUACGUGUUGACGUACUCCCACUUCCUUAGCUCCCAGAAAGAGGAGCAACCGCUUCCAAUUUUCACCAUAAAUCCCCGAUUUUUCUUUGAAAUCUUCGGUCCUUCUCUCACCAUUGAACUUCGACGCUAAAGAAGCCUGACCCGUCGGCAUGAUCGGAGAGAUUUGAGGUCCACAGUUUGUGCUUUAAUCGCGAGUUUCCCCUCAUUCAUCGCAGGUUUAAGCUAAAGCUAGCGGCGCGUCAUUGGAGAUCGUUCACUAAAUCCUCGGCUUGUCCUCUGUUUAACUCAGAGCUCAACAACAACCAAAACAAAAAAUAAUAUAUAUAUAUAUAUAUAUAUAGGCAGUCAUGGCCACUCGGCGUCUGACCGAUGCCUUCUUGUUAAUGCGGAACAAUGCGAUCCAAAGCCGGCAGAUUGUGGCUGAGCAAGUGAGUACAUACGACCCCCGUCUGAGUACACGUAGCAAUGCUGCGGAGCUUGAUGAGUUGGCCGACGACCGAAUGGCUCUGGUCUCUGGGCUCAGUCUGGAUCCAGAAGCCGCCAUCGGCGUCACAAAGAAGCUGCCUCCUAAAUGGAUAGAAGGGAUUGACGAGAUUCAGUACGAUAUCACACGGAUCCGGCAGAAGAUGAAGGACCUGGCCCUACUUCACGACAAGCACAUGAACCGCCCCACCCUGGAUGACAGCACCGAGGAGGAACACGCUAUAGAGAUCACUACUCAGGAGAUCACACAGAUGUUCCACCGAUGCCAGCGAUCUGUGACCGGCCUGCAGUCUCGGCGGGGCCACUGCACCGAGCAGGAGGAGAGGCUCCUGGUAAACGUGGUGUCGUCCUUAGCGCAGAGCCUCCAGGACCUGUCCAUCAGCUUCAGGCACACGCAGUCCAGCUAUUUAAAACGUAUGAAGAAUCGGGAGGAGCGGUCGAAGCACUUUUUUGACUCUGGGCCGUUAAUGGAAGAGGAUGAAGAUUUAGCUCUGUAUGACAAGGGCUUCACGGAUGACCAGCUGAUGCUGGUGGAGCAGAACACCGUUUUAGUGGAGGAACGGGAGAGGGAGAUCCGACAAAUAGUCCAGUCCAUCUCGGAUCUGAAUGAGAUUUUCCGAGACUUGGCCGGAAUGGUGGUGGAGCAGGGAACCGUUCUAGACAGAAUCGACUUCAAUGUGGAGCAGGCUUGUGUAAAAACAGAAGAUGGACUGAAACAGUUACAAAAGGCGGAGCAGUAUCAGAAGAAAAACAGGAAGAUGCUUGUCAUUUUGAUCCUUUUUGUCAUAGUCCUUAUUCUAAUUAUUAUUCUUUUUGGAACCAAGUUUAAGUGAAUCAUUCCUCUGUCCGUGUGUCCGUCUGUUUGAGUGUUUGUGGUGUACGUGUUUGGACUUGGAUUUCUUCUGGAUUCGGCUUGAAACCAUCAAGAAGAACUCGAUAUUCCUCCAAGUGCAUUUUGAGCGGCGUGGAAACAUUUUCCCUGCUGCCGUUGAAUGAAAGAAGCAACCUUCGGUCUGGCUAAGAGCGAAGCCCCGUCCGUGCUGACAUAUCUGUGUCUUAAUGAAAGGAAAACCCCCUUUGCUGUUGAAGUAACCAUGUGAAACUGCUAAGGCUGAGCAUUUUCUGCUUAAACUCAAAGCACAGAUCGUGACGAAGAUCGGUGGCUCCUGUCUGUCGGGGACAAGAGUGAGCAAAGCCCAAAAUAAUGCAUUUUCAAAUCAGCGUUACAUUUACAUCUCAGUAUUUGACCUUUAAAGAUGUAAAGAGGAUAUGUGCAUUUGUGUUGAUUAGAGAAGCUGUUUAGUACCAAAAAUGCUCCUUUGGUUUGUUGACCACCGAUUUUCUUCUUAAACAACAUGGCUGUCCUUGGUUCCCUUCACCAGUUAUUUUUUUUUUUUUUAUCGUCUUUCACACUCGCUACACUUUGAAUGAAAUGUAUAAACACUUGUUUUUAUAUUCCAUGGUCCAUGCAGAAAGCGCUACUUUUUUUUUUUUUUAACUCUUGCAGUUUGCACAUAUUGAGGGCCUGAGAGGGGAGGAAAGCUGUGUUAUGGAUGAUGUACUACUGUCGCCUGUAUGAUAAAGAGAAUUAUUUAUUUUCUGAUACCUUCUAGUAAUCCAGAGGUGUUUCCUGUAGAUUUACUGUACGCUGACUAUGUUUAAAACAAACCCGCUCCACCGAACUGAAAACUGUGAUGUUGUCCAACGCAGGCCGUCGCUCAGAGAUAGCCUUAUGAUUUUUAUUCUCGUUUCCAUUUCAGAUUGGACACAUUUCAUUGGGGUGGUGUUGCAGACUCUCCUCCUGUUCUUUCCUCCUUUUUAAAUACAGAGAAGCUUAAAUGAAAGAGACCUUUAUUAUCUGUAAUUAACUACAUACAACUGUCCAAUCAUCUUUGUCGUCGACGUGGAGUUUUUGUGUGUGAUGGACGGUACUACGUGUAUGUCUCGUUUUUUUGUUUGUUUUUUUUGAAGUGAAACAGUUGAUGAGAUGGCUGCUUUUUCAAAAAAUAAAAAACGAAGCUGAAA